AUGCCUCUCUCCACUAAAGCUGUUGAAGAUAUUAAGAGCACUCUAGAUGGUUUCAUUGGAGAUGGCUCACCGGGUCUCGCCUUCCACGCUAUCGACAAAUCGGGCAAAACACUUGUCGAGCAUGCUUCAGGUAUGCUGGGUGUAGACUCCAAGGAGCCUAUGAACACUCAGACUACCACCUUUUGGAUUGCUUCUUGCACAAAACUGGUCACUGCAAUUGCUGUGCUGCAGCUUGUCGAACAGGGCAAGGUACCGUUGGAUGAUGCUGAAUUCAUCAAGAAAACCGUGCCGGAAUUAUCAGAGAAAAAGGUCUAUGCAGAUGGUGUCAACGGUGUUGAGCAAGAGAAGGGAAUCACAGUACGAAUGCUGCUGAGCCAUACCGCAGGAUUUGGAUACCGGUUCGCGGAUCCGAGGCUCGUAGCGGAUGGCAUCGAAGGGAGCAGUGGAGACAAACGCGACAUUCUCGAUUCGAAGCUGGUGAAUCAACCGGGAAGUAUGUGGGAAUACGGCGUCAACAUGGACUGGGCUGGCAUCGUUCUCGAACGCGUCACAGGGCAAACACUAGGGGAAUACUUCCAAGAACAUAUUUUCACCCCCGUAGGCAUCGCCGCAGAGGGCGCAACGAUGUUCCCCUCCAAGGAAGCGCAACAGAAUUUGGCACACAUGCACCAACGCGAGACCGACGGCACCCUCAAAGAACGCGAGCACCUCUACAACGGCCCUCUGUCUUGCACCCCAGAAAAACAGAAAGACUUCCUCCAAUCCGGGGGUGCAGGGCUUUGGUCAAGACCUAGCGAAUACGUCAAGAUCCUCGCUGCUCUACUGAACGACGGAACGAGUCCACAGACCCAGAAGCGCAUCCUUAAGAAGGAGACAGUCGACCUCAUGUGGGAGAAUCAAAUCCCUUCCCAACCCGACUUUGCGCGUGCCAACGUCCCACCCGCGAACCCUUUGCUCGUCAACCAAGCAGCGGAUAUGUAUCCCCAGCCUGGAAACCCUCCUCAGGGAUGGGGCUUUGGCGGUUUCAUCACAAUUGAGCCUGGUCCGUCUGGUCGUGGGGCUAAUACGCUAUGGUGGAUGGGCUUGUGUAACUGCUUCUGGUGGGUGGACAGGGAGAAGGGGGUUGCGGGUAUGUUGGCUUCGCAGGUGCUUCCCAAUGGUGAUCCCAAGGUUAUCCCGGCAUGGUUCAUGGCUGAGAAGGGUGUUUAUGAUGGGUUGCAGUAA